GUGAAGGGUGAGGAGGAGGAGGAGAACACCUUGGAAGUGAGAGAAACUAAAGUUAAGGGCAAAAGUGGAAAAUUCUUCUCUGUGAAGCUGCCAUCUCCUUUGGCACCAGGAGCCAAGAUCCGUGUAUCUGUUGAAAUGGUUUUCACGCACGUCCUGCAGCCCUAUCCCACCCACAUCACCCAAAGCGAGAAACAGUUUGUGGUCUUUGAAGGAAAUCACUAUUUCUACUCGCCUUACUUCACCAAGACCCAAACAACCCGGGUCAAAUUGGCCUCUAGAAACGUGGAGAGUUACACCAAGCUGGGCAACCCUUCCCGCACCGAAGACACGAUUGAGUAUGGCCCCUUCAAGGACAUUCCUCCAUACAGCCAGGACACUCUGAAGGUACACUAUGAAAAUAACAGUCCAUUCCUAACCAUCACCAGUAUGACAAGGGUCAUCGAGGUGUCUCACUGGGGGAACAUUGCCGUUGAAGAGACGGUUGAUUUAAAGCACACGGGAGCGGUGCUGAAGGGGCCUUUCUCCAGAUACGACUACCAGAGACAGCCAGACAGUGGGAUCUCUUCUGUCAAGUCUUUUAAGACCAUUCUCCCAGCUGCUGCUCAGGAUGUCUAUUACCGAGAUGAAAUUGGAAACAUCUCCACCAGUCACCUCCUUGUCCUGGAUGACUCCGUGGAGAUGGAGAUCCGUCCCCGCUUCCCGCUUUUUGGGGGAUGGAAAACCCAUUACAUCAUUGGCUAUAACCUGCCAAGCUACGAAUACCUCUACAAUCUCGGUGAUCAAUAUGCCCUGAAAAUGAGAUUUGUUGACCACGUGUUUGAUGAGCAAGUUACGGACUUGCUGACUGUCAAGAUCGUCCUGCCAGAAGGUGCCAAGAAUAUCCAUGUGGACAGCCCUUAUGAAAUCAAUCGUGCUUCAGACGAGCUUCACUACACAUACCUGGACACUUUUGGACGUCCAGUUAUUGUGGCACACAAGAGCAACCUGGUGGAGCAGCACAUCCAAGACAUCGUGGUUCAUUACACCUUCAACAAAAUCUUGAUGCUGCAGGAGCCUCUGUUGGUGGUUGGAGCCUUUUACAUCUUGUUCUUCACUGUGAUUGUCUACGUGAGGCUGGAUUUCUCCAUCACCAAGGACCCAGCUGCUGAAGCCAGGAUGAAGGUUGCCUGCAUCACGGAGCAAGUGCUUACUGUGGUGAACAAGAGGCUGGGGCUGUACCGUCACUUCGACGAAGCAGUGAAUAAAUACAAGCAAUCACGGGACAUCUCCACCCUGAACAGCGGCAAAAAGUCUUUGGAGACAGAACACAAGGCCCUGACAAACGAAAUCGCCUCUCUGCAGUCUAAACUGAAGACAGAAGGCUCUGACUUAUGUGACAAAGUGAGUGAGAUUCAGAAGCUUGAUGGCCAAGUCAAGGAGCUCGUUCUGAAAUCCUCAGUGGAGGCUGAGCGGUUGGUAGCUGGGAAGCUCAAGAAGGACACGUACAUUGAGAAUGAGAAGAUGCAUUCCAACAAGCGUCAGGACCUAAUCACCAAAAUCGACAACAUCCUCGACGCACUGUAACUCGCUGGUUUAGUGACCAUGAGGAGGGGAGAAGUAUGAAGGGAGAUGAGAAGCCUGGGAGUGGAUACACUUGGAGCCAAAAUUCCUUCCCAGCAAAAUUAGGGGAAAAGUUGAUGCGAGGUGCAUGAAAGUACAUUUUCUUAGAUGUUUCUGUAGAGCCUGUCUGCUCAGUGGCAUGUGCUGUGCAAGGGACCACAACAUGAUGCUGUUUGUCUGGGUAUUGGGGUUUCUUUACCAG